GGAAUGAAAAAAAAAUCCAACACCACCACACCGCCUUAAAUAUCCGAAAAGAAUUUCGUCAUCCAUUUAUCAAAGCACGGUGUCUUUGUCUCACUAUUUUCUUCUUUUUCAAGUCUUCUACUAACGCUGGAAAAAACACUUUUUAGUAGCGGUGAAGCCAGAAUUCCCCCAUCGAUGCCGGACGGCGAGUUGUCCGCCGACGGAGUCGAACCGCCCGUUACCGCUAAACCUAAAGCCUAUGCUAGCCCCUCGCCGAUCGCUGAAGUUAGUGAAGAAAAUGGAGCGAAAGUGGAAAAGAAAGAGAAGGACCCGAGAAAGAUAGCUAGAAAGUACCAAUUGGAGUUGUGCAAGAAAGCCAUGGAAGAGAACAUAAUUGUAUAUUUGGAGACUGGUUGUGGGAAGACCCAUAUUGCUGUGCUGCUUAUUUACGAGCUUGCUCAUUUGAUAAGGAAACCCCAGCAAAAGAUUUGCAUUUUUCUUGCCCCCACGGUGGCUCUUGUUCAGCAGCAAGGCAGGGUUAUAGAAGAUUCUCUUGAUUUCAAGGUUGGGACUUAUUGUGGGAACUGCAGGCACUUGAAGAAUCACCAGGACUGGGAAAAAGAGAUGGAACAAUAUGAGGUGCUGGUUAUGACCCCUCAAAUACUACUUCGUAGCUUGUAUCACUGCUUCAUCAGGAUGGAUUUAAUUGCCCUUCUGAUAUUUGAUGAGUGUCAUCAUGCUCAAAUUAAAAGCAAUCAUCCUUAUGCAGAAAUCAUGAGAGCUUUCUAUGAUAAAGCUACUGCAUCAACGCUUCCUCGUAUAUUUGGCAUGACAGCAUCUCCCAUUGUUGGUAAAGAUGCUUCUAGUCAAAUGAAUUUACCGAAAAGCAUCAACAGUCUCGAAAAUUUACUUGAUGCUAAGGUCUAUUCAAUUGGAGAUAAGGAGGAAUUGGAAAGCUUCGUAGCAUCUCCUGUCGUUAGAGUAUAUAAUUAUGGUCCUGUUGAUUUGGGCCCUUCUAGUUCCUACAUGCUUUGUUGUAGUAAACUCGAGAAGAUGAAGCGCCAGUGCAUAUCAACACUUGGCCGGAAGAAUGGCGAUUCUCAAUGUGCCAGGAGCACAAAAAAGCUACUCAGAAGAAUGCAUGAUAAUAUAAUCUUUUGUUUGGAAAAUCUUGGCCUUUGGGGAGCAUUACAAGCUUGCCGACUUCUUUUGACUGGUGAUAACUCUGAGAGGAACGAAUUGGUAGAAGAUGAGGGAAGUUUAAGCGAUGACUCUGUGUGUGAUCGAUAUCUUGCUCAGGCUGCUGAUAUUUUUGCUUCUGAUUGUAGGAGAGAUGGGACUGCACAUGAUAUAUCUGAUGUAGAGAUUUUGAAGGAACCAUUUUUCUCGAAAAAGCUUUUACGCCUUAUUGGAAUUCUUUCCACCUUCAGGUUACAGCCAAAUAUGAAAUGUAUAAUAUUUGUGAAUAGGAUUGUUACCGCUAGAUCCUUGUCAUACAUACUGCAAAACCUUAAGUUCCUAUCAUCUUUGAAGUGCCAUUUUCUUGUGGGAGUCCACUCUGGUCUUAAAAGUAUGUCACGGAAGACAAUGAAGAAAAUUCUUGAGAAGUUCAGAACUGGAGAGUUGAAUCUUUUGGUCGCAACUAAAGUGGGUGAAGAAGGACUUGACAUUCAGACAUGCUGCCUUGUGAUACGGUUUGACCUUCCAGAAACUGUUGCAAGUUUUAUCCAAUCGAGGGGCCGUGCAAGAAUGCCUCUGUCUGAGUAUGCAUUUCUGGUGAACAGUGGGAAUGAGAGGGAACUAAAUUUGAUUAAAAAUUUUAAGAACGAUGAAGAUCGUAUGAAUAUGGAAAUUUCUUUCAGAACGUCUACUGAGGUAUUUACCAGUCUUGAGGAAAGAAUGUAUAAAGUUGAUUCAUCUGGUGCUUCCAUCAGUUCAGGAUAUAGCAUCUCUCUACUUCAUCAGUACUGCUCAAAACUACCCCAUGAUGAGUACUUUGACCCCAGGCCAAGCUUUUUUUAUUUUGAUGAUAUAGGAGGAACAAUCUGCAAUAUAGUUUUACCUUCCAAUGCUCCGAUAAAUCAAAUUGCCAGUACACCUCAAUCUUCAGUGGAUGCUGCUAAAAAAGAUGCUUGUCUAAAAGCAGUUGAAGAAUUGCAUAAAUUGGGAGCCUUGAAUGACUAUCUCUUGCCAUUGCAAAAGAAUGCUUUUGAGGAGGAGACAGUGCUGGAGUCUUCUGAUUCUGGGAGCUCUGAAGCAGAUGAGGAUUCACGUGGCGAACUACAUGAGAUGCUUGUUCCUGCUGCACUUAAAGAACCAUGGACAAACUUGGAAGAUUAUGUUCUCCUAAAUUCUUACUAUAUAAAAUUUAUUCCGGAUCCUGAGGAUAGGAGCUAUAAGGAGUUUGGUCUCUUUGUCAAGUCUCCUCUCCCCAAAGAGGCUGAGAGAAUGGAGCUGGAUCUUCACCUAGCUCGCCGUAGAUCUGUGAUGACCAAGCUUGUCCCAUCAGGGGUUGCAGAAUUCAACAGAAAAGAGAUCAUGCAAGCACAGCAUUUUCAAGAAAUGUUCUUCAAGGUCAUCCUUGAUAGAUCAAAAUUCCUUUCUGAAUAUGUUCCCUUAGGAAACAAUGAAGUUUUUGCAUCAAGCUCCUCAACAUUCUAUCUGUUGCUCCCUGUUAUUUUGCACAAUUGUGAGAAUAAAGUCAUGGUGGACUGGAAGAUUAUUAAAAGAUGUUUGUCAUCUCCACUUUUUAAGACUCCAGCAGAAGCUGUAGAGAAUGGAAAUUUCCCUUCAGGUGUUUGCUUGGAACUUGCAAAUGGUUGUAGGGAUGUAAGAGAUGUUAAGAAUAGCUUUGUAUAUGCUCCACACAAGGUGGCAUUUUACUUUAUCACUAACAUUGUUGGUGAAAAAAAUGGUUACAGCCCAUACAGAGAUUCAGGCACUUUAAGCCAUGUGGAGCACUUAAAAAUGUCUGACAUUCAUCUUAAGCAUCCUGAACAACCUCUUUUGCGUGCAAAGCCACUUUUUAAAUUGCGGAAUUUGCUACACAAUCGAAAGCCGGAGGACUCAGAAUCAAAUGAAUUGGAUGAGUACUUCAUUGAUUUGCCUCCUGAGCUUUGUCAGUUGAAAAUAAUAGGCUUCUCCAAAGAUAUUGGGAGUUCACUUUCUUUGUUACCAUCAAUUAUGCACCGCCUGGAGAACUUGCUUGUGGCGAUUGAACUGAAGCAUGUUUUUUCUGCUUCAUUCCCUGAGGGAGCUGAAGUUACAGCCAAUAAGGUCCUAGAAGCACUCACUACAGAGAAGUGCCAAGAGCGUUUUUCUCUUGAAAGGCUUGAAUCACUUGGUGAUGCUUUCCUCAAGUUUGCUGUAGGCCGCCAUCUUUUUCUUUUACAUGAUGCUCUUGAUGAAGGGGGACUGACUAGGAGAAGGUCUAAUGCUGUAAAUAAUUCUAAUUUGUUCAAGCUAGCAACAAGGAGCAAUUUACAGGUUUACAUACGCGAUCAACCUUUUGAUCCUUGCCAAUUCUAUGCUUUGGGCCAUCCCUGCCAAAUAAUUUGUACUAAAGAAACUGAGGGAACUACUCAUUCACAAUAUAAUUGUCAAGCAGAUCAUGCAAAUAGUGAAGUCAGAUGCAGUAGAAAUCACCACUGGCUACAUAAGAAAACAAUUGCUGAUGUGGUUGAGGCUCUUGUUGGAGCAUUUAUAGUUGAUAGAGGCUUCAAAGCUGCAACUGCAUUUCUUAGAUGGAUUGGCAUACGAGUGGACUUCCAACACUCUCAAGUUAAUAAUGUUUGUGCUGCAAGCAAGAGGUUCAUGCCGCUCUGCUCUAAAGUGGAUACUGGAGCUCUUGAAAAUUUGUUGGGAUAUCAGUUUCUUCACAAGGGUCUACUCCUUCAGGCAUUUGUGCAUCCUUCUCACAAUAAGCAUGGGGGAGGCUGCUACCAGAGAUUGGAGUUUCUUGGAGAUGCUGUCUUGGAUUAUUUAAUCACAUCAUAUCUGUUUUCAGUCUAUCCAAAGUUGAAGCCUGGCCAGUUGACUGAUUUGAGAUCAGUGUCAGUAAACAACAAGUCCUUUGCCAAUGUUGCAGUAGAUAGAUCCUUACACAAAUUUCUUAUCUGUGAUUCUUGUCCCCUCUCCGAGGCCAUAGGAAAAUAUGUUGACUUCAUUACAUCAUCACCAGAAAGGGGAUUGUUUGAAGGGCCAAAAUGUCCAAAGGUUCUUGGUGACUUGGUAGAGUCUUCGUUUGGUGCUAUUCUCCUUGAUACAGGGUUCAACUUGAACCGUGUUUGGAAGAUAAUGCUAUCCAUUUUGGAUCCAAUCAAGAGCCUUUCAACGGUGCAGCUUAAUCCUAUUAGGGAAUUACAGGAACUUUGCCAGUCUUGCAACUGGGAUCUGAAGUUUCUAACAUCUAAAAGUGGCAGAAAUUUUUCAGUUGAUGCAAAAGUAAAGGCAGGAGAUGUUCCUCUAGCUGUUUCUGCUAUCAACCCUAACAGAAAAGAUGCUAUCAGAACUGCUUCGCAGCAAAUAUAUGCGAAGUUAAAGGCUCUAGGUUAUGCACCCAAGUCAAAGUCCUUGGAGGAAGUUUUAAAAACAAGCCGUAAGAUGGAAGCCGAGCUGAUUGGAUUUGAUGAAACACCAGUUGAUGUUGCUGAUCCUGACACUAAUGGAUCAGCAAAAAUGAAAUUGCAACAAUCUGUUGAGAAUGAUUUCAACCCCAGAAUCCAUUUUAUCAAUAAGGCAAUCAAUCUCUGUAAACCCCGCAACUCUCCUGUUAGCAGCCCUAUGCCGUCUUUUGAAGUCAAAGCAGGAUGCAUGCCAUCACCUAUUGAAGUCAAAGGAGCACUCCCCUGUUCCUCCAAUGUUGAUCCUGCUUGUGGGAUUGACACGCCAUCCAGAGGUGAAUCACUUCAAAAAACUGCUAGAUCACGAUUACAUGAAAUCUGCGCAAUCAAUUGUUGGAAACCCCCUUUGUUUGAAUGUUGUGAAGAGGAAGGACCAAGCCAUUUGAGAUCAUUCACUUUCAAGGUGAUGCUUGUAAUAGAAGAAGCCCCAGAUAUGAUCCUGGAGUGCUUUGGCAGUCCCAGGACCAAAAAGAAAGCUGCAGCAGAGCAUGCAGCAGAAGGUGCACUCUGGUACUUGAAGCAUGAAGGUUACUUGCAUUAGAUCAACUUGACAGGCUUUUGCCUCAUUGCUCCACAUAUUGGAGUUCUUUAAUUGGACAACAAUUUUUGGGUCCUUUUAUCAUCUUAAUUUAAUUCUAAUGAAUUUAAUCUCAGCAAUAUCAUCAAAAUCGAUUUAAAGAUGAUUGAUAAUAGUGUUAAAA